UAAAGCAACAAGAUCUUUGAUCACCCGGGUCACGCGAAUCAAUGAUAAAGUUGCUGCUGCUUAUCAAUUAACCUAUCUUCAUCUCACAAAUCUCGUAUGUAAUUUGUGUCAAGAAUUAGAGAAUAACGAAACGCAAGGAGAACGAAAUGAUAACAUUCUAGCACUGUUAUAUAGUGAAAUUUAAAAACAUUUCUCGUAAAAAUAAUAAUUGUCCGCCCAGUAUUUGUUUGAUCCAUUGUUUUCGUGCUCUGGAUAUUUCCUUCUCAAAACAAUGAUCGUCACAAUUACAACGGUGAUUGUGUGCCUCAAACAAGCUCGAAAAUGACAGGAAAAACGACACUGAAGAGAAACGACUGAAGCUCGUAUUCUUGGGGGGUUCGUGUACAACUAUAAUUGUCGCUGUUGAAUUUGUAUCUCUAGCCUUAAAUCCCGGCUUUCAAAAUAUUCCUGAGAUCAAAGAACAUCAACCAGGAUGAAGUUUGCAGAACACUUGUCUGCGCACAUUACCCCAGAAUGGCGCAAACAAUACAUCAGCUACGAGGAAAUGAAAGCAAUGCUGUAUACAGCGGUGGAAGAGGCUCCUUCUGCAGAAAGCGUAGAGCCAGAGGUGAUAUCUCGUCAUUUUGCAUCAUUCGACGAAGUUUUCUUCACAUUUUGUGAUCGAGAAUUGAAAAAGAUCAACACUUUCUAUUCCGAGAAGCUGGCAGAGGCGACACGAAAGUACGCGGCUUUGCAAAACGAGCUAAAGACCGCAAUGGAGUUUCAGCAUUCGAGUGGAAAAAACAAAAGCAAAUCGACAGGAGCGGCAAGCAAAGCUCAACUGCCAGGAAGAAAAAUACGAGAGCUGAAAUUAGCUUUCUCCGAGUAUUAUUUGUCGCUGAUACUGUUACAAAAUUACCAAAAUCUCAAUUAUACGGGGUUCCGGAAAAUACUUAAGAAACACGACAAGUUACUGUCCGUAGACACUGGCUCAAAAUGGCGCAUGGAAAGCGUCGAAACGUCGCAUUUUUGUACGUCGAAAGACAUCGACAAAUUGAUCCAGGAAACGGAAGCGACGGUAACAAGCGGUCUCGAAGGUGGAGACCGUCAACGUGCCAUGAAACGCCUCAGAGUCCCACCGCUCGGCGAACAUCAAAGCCCGUGGACCACGUUCAAAGUCGGUCUAUUCUCCGGCAGCUUUAUCAUUCUCUUUGUUGCGGUAGUUCUUUCCGCAAUAUUUCACGACGGCGGAGAAAAUCUGAAAAUAGCAUUCCGCCUUUAUCGGGGUCCUCUCCUCGUCAUACAAUUUCUAUUCCUGAUGGGCGUCAAUGUUUACGGCUGGCGAUCGUCCGGUGUUAAUCACGUUCUCAUAUUCGAGCUUGAUCCACGAAAUCAUUUAUCGGAACAACACAUCAUGGAGCUUGCUGCUGUUCUUGGUGUCGUAUGGACGUUAAGCCUUUUGAGCUUUCUCUACAGUGCUAGCUUGAGCAUACCGCCGUACGUCAAUCCUCUCGUUCUCGUAUGCAUCAUGCUAGCUUUUCUAUUCAACCCUUUCCGUAUUUUUCGACACGAGGCACGGUUCUGGCUGCUCAGAAUAUCGUGGCGAAUGAUAAUCGCACCAUUCGCGUUUGUAAAUUUCGCUGAUUUCUGGUUGGCCGAUCAGCUCAACAGUCUUGUAACGCCGUUGAUGGACUUUCAUUUUUUGCUAUGUUUUUACAUAACAAAUGGAAACUGGCUCGAAGCUGGAAACACGGAACAAUGCAUGGCAGGAUCAUUGAUCAUUCGACCGAUAGUCAAUUGUUUACCAGCUUGGUUUCGUUUUGCUCAGUGUCUGAGAAGAUACAGAGAUUCGAAAGAAGCUUUUCCGCAUCUGGCUAACGCCGGGAAAUAUUCAACGACUUUUUUGGUCGUUAUAACUGCGACAUUGAAGCAAUAUCAUGAACCAAAAUUUCCAAAUCACUCGGAAAGCCCGUGGCUCUGGCUGUGGCUCGGGAGUUGUGUCAUCAAUUCCGUUUACUCGUACACUUGGGACAUCAAAAUGGAUUGGGGACUUUUGGACAGCAAUGCUGGAGAAAACAAAUUUUUGCGCGAAGAAGUCGUGUACUCAUCUGCCGGAUUUUAUUACUUCGCCAUCAUCGAAGAUUUAAUCCUGAGAUUUUCGUGGAUCGCAAGCUACAUUCUUGUCGAGUACAAAUACAUUUCGAGCGAUCUUAUGCUUUCGAUAGUUGCCCCCCUCGAAGUUCUCAGGCGAUUCGUUUGGAAUUUUUUCCGUCUGGAGAACGAGCAUUUGAACAACUGCGGUAAAUUCCGAGCCGUUCGCGAUAUUUCCAUAGCACCGAUCGAGAGUUCAGAUCAAACCCAAAUUUUGCGGAUGAUGGACGAUGAGAACGGUGUUGUUAAUCGUGGCAAACGAAAAGCUGGAGGAAAGAAACAGUCAGCCACGAAAGAGGAUAAACGUUCUUUGCUCAAAGAAGAAACAAUCGAUAUCGAUGUGUCGAACGCCAGUUGAAAAAAACUAGGUAGCUUGAAAAAUCGGUUCGUCCGAAGCGUUGACUUCUAAUUUUGGGAUUUCAACUCUAAUCUUGUCUAUUUUGGGGGCAAAAGAAAAAGCGAAUUGAUAUGUCAAAAAGAUUCAAAAGUUUUGUAUCGAAACAUUCCCAUUAAAAAAUAUCAUUUCAUCAGAAUUUCAACGAUUAGCAAUCGGACAGAAAUUCAUUUACUUUCAAAGUGAAGUGGACUUAUCGUUUGCAACAACAAUAAUGACACAGAGUUUUUAAUGAAUUGCUUCAACGAAUCAUUGGUUGUUUCCCACCGUCUUAGUAUUACUGGAAAUUGAUGUUCAUGAAAGUUAAAAAUCCACUGAAUCCCGCUAGAUUUGUAUCGAAUCGUCACACAAUCGAAUUUUUUUGUUUUUCGAAACAGUGUUCGGAAAACGUUCUUAAUUUAAUUCAGCGAAUGGUUUUGUCUCGAAACAAGCAAUCGUUUAGAACCAGCGAUUAAUCGCGGUGAAAACAUAACUAAUAAAUUCUCUCCUAUGAACCCAUUAUCAAUGUUGUCGAGACAGAAAAAAUCGUCAAGAAAUUAACCCAGAAAAAACGGAAAUCAUAUAAAUAAAAAAAUACCAAAUUACGAAUAUUAAUUCGCAUAGAAUGCCGUAAAGAAUUGAAGGAACUGAUGAUUUACGAGCUAUCGAAAGUGCCUGUAAGAAGCACGGUUGAACUUUCCAUGCCAACUACUACGAAUUACACGAAUGCUAGGAAAAUGAAUAGAAUUGGAACUACUACAAAUACCAACGGAAAACGUUGGUUUUUCUUCGUUCAGUAUUUUGCGUUACUUAGUUAAAUAAUCUGGGACUUUCUCAUUUGCCAGAAAGAAGAGCCGAUUAUGUUUACGCGUGAGCUCCGAUUCCAAAGACUAAUAACAAUAAAACCCAAUAAAAGCGAAUAAUUGUGAAUGAAUUUGUAAAGACGAACGGUACAAAAUUUUUCCCACUUGCUUAAAUGAACAGAAAAUAUACAGGAAAUCUUCGUCUUGUACUUAAAGGUCAAAAUUUACAAAACGAAUUUAAAGAGAAACGAGAAUACUUAUUUUUCUCGAAUUCCCAACUCUUCGUACACACGCAAAUGUGAUUUUAUAUAAAUAUAUAUUAUAUGAACUUAUGAAUAUAAAUCUAUAAUAAGAAGCGAGGCUCAACGGGCAACCUUUGAAAAUAUAUUUUAUUACUCAAGCGUAUAUUGUUAUUCUGUUGAAGAGUUAUCGAAGUCUAUUAGAGCAUAUCAUUUAAUUAUUUUCUUUUUUUUCCAAGUGCUCCAAUGAGUUAUUGCUACAAACGAAAAAUAACUGCAAUAAUGGGAUCGUGAUAGGAAAAAAAAAAUGAAUAAAUAACGAGCACGAAUCGCAAUAAUCAACGACAUUGAAAGCUUUUCCUCAUUCUUUCAUAGCAUACUCUAUUUUUUUAAUUUUCUUGUAGAUCGAUAUUAAAAAAAAAAAGAAAAAAACAUUCAUUUAUAGCAGCAACGGUUUUAUAUAUAUUUUUCUAUACUUUGUCGUACCUAAAAAUGGUAAAUGCACGUCUGAUCCUCGAAUAAAAAAUGAAAAAUAAAAUAAUGACCGAAAUAUUUUUAUAUAUGUACAUAAAUAACAAAAACGUAUGUGAACGAUUACUAAUUACCGUGUAUAAAUGAGAAGACGGCUGUGUCCGAUAAUGUAAGCGCGAACUGUUGUUUUAAGAAUUCGCGUCGCCCUUUUCCUUCGAAAUGUAUGUUCAAAUCGCAUAAAAGAAUAAAAAAACCGAAAUAAAUUAACGACAAGGAA